AUGACUGCCUCCUUCCUGCAGUUUACUGAAGAAAAGUUGGGCCAGGCUGAGAAGACCGAACUAGAUGCUCACUUUGAAAACCUUCUGGCCAGGGCAGACUCCACAAAGAACUGGACAGAGAAGAUCUUGCGUCAGACUGAGGUUCUGCUACAGCCAAACCCUAGUGCCAGAGUAGAAGAAUUCCUCUAUGAGAAGCUUGACCGGAAGGUGCCUUCCCGGGUCACCAACGGGGAACUGCUGGCACAGUACAUGACAGAAGCAGCUAAUGACUUUGGGCCAGGGACACCUUAUGGGAAGACCUUGAUAAAAGUUGGAGAGACUCAAAGGCGCUUAGGUGCAGCAGAACGGGACUUCAUCCACUCUGCCUCCAUCAACUUCCUGACCCCACUGCGCAACUUCCUGGAAGGGGAUUGGCGAACCAUAUCUAAAGAGCGGAGGAUCCUGCAGAACCGCCGCCUGGAUCUGGAUGCCUGCAAAGCCAGGUUGAAGAAAGCCAAAGCUGCCGAGGCAAAAGCAGCGGCGGAACACGAGCUAAGGCUCACGCAGACUGAGUUUGAUCGACAGGCAGAGGUGACACGUCUCCUGCUGGAGGGCAUCAGCAGCACACAUGUGAAUCAUCUGCGCUGUCUCCACGAGUUUGUGGAGUCUCAGACCAACUACUAUGCUCAGUGUUACCAGUACAUGUUGGACCUGCAGAAGCAACUGGGCAGAUUUUCAGGCACAUUCGUAGGCAACGCAGAAUCCACAUCUCCUCCCCCAGCUGCUACCUCUCCUCCAGCUGUUGCUGCUGCCACACUCCCUGCUGUGCCUACCAUUCCGGUUGUGCCCACGAUUGGUGGGGUGCCCAAUACUGUGGCAGAGAGUGUACUGAACCCAAAUGAAGUCAAGCCUCCUGCCAGCGGGACACGGAAGGCCAGAGUCCUCUACGAUUACGAAGCAGCUGACAGCACUGAGCUGGCACUUCUUGCAGAUGAGAUGAUCACUGUGUACAGCCUGCCAGGCAUGGAUCCAGACUGGCUCAUAGGGGAAAGAGGGAAUCAGAAAGGGAAAGUUCCUGUCACUUACUUGGAACUGUUAAGUUAAAUGUCUCCAGCAAGAAGAAUGUACAAGCAGAACGCACCCCUCAUCUCCUGGCACUUCUAACGCGGAUUUCUUCAUCCGAGACCAUUGCUCUCUUCAGGGUUGACACUCCAUUGCUAAUACGGGAAUUGUGGGAAAGAAGUGGUAAAACUCUUAUGGUGAGGUUUUGGGAAAGGGCUGAUGGCACCAAGACUGAAUUCGUUAACCUACUAGUGCAGCCUGCUUUGAGGUUAGUCUUGAUGGCGCAAAAUUCCUUGAUUACUUUUUUCUACCCUACCCUAGUCUUGUUUAUCGUGGUGGCUUUGCCAGGGCCAGCAAGCUGUUUCCCUCAGCAGCUGCUCACGGAGUUAAGUUACCCUUCCCUUGUGUCUGGUGUGGGUUAGUGCCUGUCUGCCCCUCCCAUCUUCUCUCUUCUUCAGCAGUAGAGUUGCCUGAGUCAAACCAUCAAGCAUUCCAGUGGGGAAG